ACUUACAAUUUCUCUCAUCAAAUCAGAAAGCCACUACUCUGUCACGACAAAGAUAAACCUAAAAUCAAUGGAUUCAUUUUCUUCUUUCUUCGAUUCCCAAUUUUCCUCACGUAACCGAUGGAAUUACGACUCACUCAAGAAUUUCCGCCAGAUUUCUCCCCUUGUUCAAACGCAUCUUAAACAGGUGUAUCUCUCUCUAUGUUGCGCAUUGUUGGCAUCAGCAGUUGGAGUUUAUCUCCACAUUCUUUGGAAUGUCGGUGGUAUUCUCACUUCUCUUGGAUGCAUGGGCUGCAUCUUUUGGCUGCUAUCUACUCCUUUCCACCAAGAGCAAAAGAAAGUCUCCCUUCUCAUGGCAGCAGCGCUCCUUGAAGGAGCCUCAAUUGGUCCUUUGGUAGAUCUGGCCAUUAAAUUUGACCCAAGCAUCUUGGUUAGCGCUUUCGUUGGUUGUUCUCUGGCCUUUGGUUGUUUUUCCGGAGCUGCGAUGCUUGCUAGGCGCAGAGAGUACUUGUACCUUGGUGGUCUGCUUUCUUCUGGUCUCUCCAUCCUACUUUGGUUGCACUUUGCAUCCUCAAUUUUCGGUGGUUCCAUGGCUCUAUUCAAAUUUGAGUUGUAUUUUGGACUGUUGGUGUUUGUGGGGUACAUUGUGGUUGAUACCCAGGAGAUAAUUGAGAAAGCACACAUGGGAGACCUGGACUACGUGAAUCAUUCUCUCACCUUGUUCACUGAUUUUGUUGCUGUGUUUGUGAGAGUUCUUAUCAUUAUGUUGAAGAAUGCAUCCGAGAAGGAAGAAAAGAAGAAGAAGAGGAACUGAGUUAUCCUAGCUUGAAGUUAUAGGAGAGAAGCUGAACUGGGUUCUGUCAUGAAAAAUAAUACUACUGUCUAUAAAACAUGGUGUUUGCUUUAAUGUUUGGUAAUGUUAGGUUAUGACAUAGUACUACAUUAAAAAAGUGUCGACUUUUGAUGAUGAAGCAUGUUAAGAUCAAUGCCUCAUCUUUUUCAAUACUUGUAUAUUUUCUUCAUUCGAAUCUAGUAAGCAAAAGUUGGUCAAAAUCAGUUGCUAUGAGGUUCA